AUGCUUCGAACAUUUCCACGAUUAGUAUUACCUAAUAAUGUUCUCUCAUUCGAAGGAGAUAAUUUUCUCCAACUAGUCAAACAAGCUUGUGGAGAAGUUUUUAAAGAAUUGAUGGAAGUACUUUCGAUCAAUUCAGUAUAUAAAUUACUUUUGGUUGAAAAAGAUAUUCUUUCUGUUUUCCAGAAAAAUUAUAAAGAACUAGUAAAUAUAUCACAACGAGCUUGUCUUCAUUCCGAUGAUGGUGAAAUAAUGCUUAAGCCUGGUUUACGCUUAGAUUUUAAUCGUUUUAUUGAAACUCUUCAUGCUAUAAACAAUCAAAACCAGCAGCAGGAACGAACAUCUAGUUCUAAUGAUGAUAUCUUGUCUUUGUUAAAACGAUUAAUAAAAUCAAAUCAAAUAAAUGAAGGCAGUGAUGCACAAAAUAGCUAUUCAUUUCUGAUAGCUUUUUUUGAAAAUAUUCUUAAUAAUAUUCCGAAGAAUAAGAAUAACUAUCGAUAUAGCGAGAGUGUAUUACAUUUUGCACAAGCAUUGUAUAUACUAGGUGGAAGAAACACAUAUGAAUUCAUUCGUUUGAAUUUAAUAGGUUCUAUUCCUGCCUUGUCCACGUUACAAGAUAGUCUUGCAAAAGCCGGUGCAAGCAUUGAGGAAGGUACUUUCCGAUACGAUGCACUUAAUCAGCAUCGAACAUCAUUUAACUAUCAGGUUGCUGUCUGUUCUGAAGACGCAACCGCGGUCAUAAAGAAAAUUACAUAUAAUGCUAGUACUAAUACCUUUCAUGGAUUGUCAACUCCAUUGAGACACGGUAUUCCUAUUUCUCGUCACUUUCAAACUGACUCAUUUGAUGAAUUACAAGGGUGCGGCAUAUGGAAUCAGCAACAAAUUUUAAGCCGUCGAUGUUCUUCAUCGAUGGAUAUGGAAAUUCGAGAAGUCUCGAGAGUCUAG